AUGGACGGCGGCAACAGGCUUAAUAUCAUUUAUGCCGACACUCUAGAGGCAACGGGCAUUUCGAUGUCCCAACUCAACAACAGCAAUAUGCAGUUCCAUGGGGUAAUCCCUGGGAAGAAGGCCAAGUCACUCGGGCAAAUUGACCUUGACGUCGUAUUCGGCAAAGAGCGGAACUUCAGGAAGGAACAACUAACUUUCGAAGUGGUGGACUUCCGGAGUGCUUACCACGCCAUCUUGGGUAGGCUAACCUACACACGUUUCAUGGCCCGCCCAUGUUACGUGUAUCUUAAACUUAAGAUGCCAAGGCCGAGUGGUGUGAUCCAUGUGACAGGCAAUCAAAAGUUAGCCGAGGAGUGUUUCCAGAAGGGCUCCCAGAUCGCUGGUGAACAGAUGGCCAUGGCCGAGUUGGAUGAGUACAAGAAAGCGAUGGAUUUGAGUGAUCUGCUGAAGUGCAAGAAGCACUGUGCAAUCUGCUUUCCAGUCGACCGGAGAGACGAAGCCAGUGCAUGUUUACCCCGAAGAUCUGAAUGCCACCCAAACCAAUAUCUCCACCACCCUUGA